AUGGAGAACGCUCACACGAAGAGUGUGGAAGAAGUUUACAGUUAUUUCUGCGUCAAUGAAAGCACAGGACUUUCCCUGGACGAGGUGAAACGACAGAAGGAGAAAUGGGGCCUAAACGAGUUACCAGCUGAAGAAGGGAAAUCUUUAUGGGAGCUCGUCGUUGAACAGUUUGAAGAUUUACUUGUUCGAAUUCUUCUGCUGGCUGCGUGUAUAUCUUUUGUCCUGGCCUGGUUUGAAGAGGGGGAAGAAACUAUCACAGCCUUUGUGGAGCCUUUUGUAAUCUUACUCAUUCUUAUAGCCAAUGCCAUUGUCGGAGUGUGGCAGGAACGCAACGCUGAGGAUGCCAUUGAGGCACUUAAAGAGUACGAGCCUGAGAUGGGGAAAGUGUACCGGCAGGACAGGAAGACUGUGCAGAGGAUCAAGGCCAGAGACAUCGUGCCUGGUGACAUCGUAGAGGUUGCUGUUGGAGACAAGGUACCUGCUGACAUCCGAAUCUGUUCAAUCAAAUCAACAACCCUGAGGGUCGACCAGUCCAUUCUGACCGGUGAAUCCAUCUCUGUCAUCAAACACACCGACCCUGUGCCCGACCCACGUGCUGUAAAUCAGGACAAGAAGAACAUGCUUUUCUCUGGUACCAACAUUGCUGCUGGGAAGGCUGUGGGUGUGGUUGUGGCCACUGGCGUUAACACUGAGAUUGGUAAGAUCCGUGACGAGAUGGCAGCCACCGAGCAGGAGAAGACCCCCCUGCAGCAGAAGUUGGAUGAGUUUGGCGAGCAGCUGUCCAAGGUCAUCUCCCUCAUCUGCGUUGCUGUGUGGAUCAUCAAUAUCGGACACUUCAACGACCCCGUCCAUGGAGGCUCCUGGAUCCGUGGGGCAGUCUACUACUUCAAGAUUGCCGUGGCGCUGGCCGUGGCCGCCAUCCCCGAGGGUCUUCCUGCAGUGAUCACCACCUGCCUGGCUCUGGGCACUCGCCGCAUGGCUAAGAAAAAUGCCAUCGUCCGCAGUCUGCCAUCUGUAGAGACCCUGGGCUGCACUUCUGUCAUCUGCUCUGACAAGACGGGAACCCUGACCACCAACCAGAUGUCUGUCUGCAGAAUGUUCACCGUCAACAAAGCCGAAGGUGACAGCUGCUCUCUGUCCGAGUUCACCAUCACAGGUUCUACCUACGCACCUGAGGGAGAAGUGUACCAGGAUGGAAAACAAGUGAAGUCUUCCCAGCAUGAUGCUCUGGUUGAACUGGCUACCAUCUGUGCCCUGUGUAACGACUCCUCCCUGGACUUCAAUGAGGUGAAGGGUGUGUACGAGAAGGUCGGCGAGGCCACAGAGACCGCACUGACCUGUCUGGUGGAGAAGAUGAACGUCUUCGACACUGAAGUCCACAACCUGUCCAAGAUUGACAGAGCCAACGCCUGCAACUCGGUGAUCAAGCAGCUGAUGAGGAAGGAGUUCACCCUCGAGUUCUCCAGAGACAGGAAGUCCAUGUCUGUCUACUGCACCCCCAACAAGUCUCGUUCAUCCAUGGGCAAGAUGUUUGUCAAGGGCGCCCCAGAGGGAGUCAUUGAGAGAUGCACUCAUGUCAGAGUUGGAAACAGCAAAGUUGCCCUCAGCAAAGAGAUCAAAGAAAAGAUCAUGUCUGUGAUCCGUGAGUACGGGACAGGUCGUGACACCCUAAGGUGCUUGGCUCUGGCCACAAGAGACAGCCCACCCAAAAUGGAGGACAUGAUUCUGUCCGACACCGCCAAAUUCUCGGAGUAUGAGUCCGACCUGACCUUCGUCGGCUGUGUCGGCAUGCUUGACCCUCCCAGACAGGAGGUGGCCGCCUCCAUCAUGCUGUGCCGCCAGGCCGGCAUCCGCGUCAUCAUGAUCACCGGGGACAACAAGGGCACAGCUGUGGCUAUCUGCCGCCGCAUCGGCAUCCUCACCGAGGAGGACGACAUUGAGCGCAUGGCCUUCACCGGACGAGAGUUUGACGAACUCUCACCGUACACUCAGCGGGAGGCGGUGACUCAUGCUCGCUGCUUCGCCCGCGUUGAGCCUUCCCACAAGUCCAAGAUCGUCGAGUUCCUGCAAGGAUUUGACGAGAUCACUGCGAUGACAGGUGAUGGAGUGAACGAUGCCCCUGCUUUGAAGAAGGCAGAGAUCGGCAUCGCCAUGGGCUCUGGCACUGCCGUGGCCAAGUCAGCCUCUGAGAUGGUCCUCGCCGACGACAACUUCUCUUCCAUUGUGGCCGCCGUUGAAGAAGGCAGAGCUAUUUACAACAACAUGAAGCAGUUCAUCAGAUACCUCAUCUCGUCCAACGUGGGAGAGGUGGUUUGCAUCUUUCUCACUGCUGCGCUGGGUUUCCCUGAGGCUCUGAUCCCAGUUCAGCUGCUCUGGGUCAACCUGGUGACAGAUGGCCUCCCUGCCACCGCCCUCGGCUUCAACCCCCCAGAUCUGGACAUCAUGGAGAAGCCUCCCCGCAACGCCAAGGAGCCCCUCAUCUCUGGCUGGCUCUUCUUCAGAUACUUAGCCAUUGGAGGCUAUGUGGGUGCUGCCACAGUGGGAGCCGCUGCCUGGUGGUUUACAGUCUCUGACGAUGGACCUCAACUCACUCUGUACCAGCUGAGCCACUUCCUCCAGUGCGGCCCGGAAAACCCCGAGUUCGACGGCCUGGACUGCCACGUGUUCGAAUCGCCCUACCCCAUGACCAUGGCCCUCUCUGUGCUCGUCACCAUCGAGAUGUGCAAUGCUCUGAACAGUCUGUCAGAGAACCAGUCCCUGCUGCGGAUGCCUCCCUGGGAGAAUGUUUGGCUGCUGGGGGCCAUCUGCCUCUCCAUGUCCCUCCACUUCCUCAUCCUCUAUGUGGAACCUCUGCCUGUCAUCUUCCAGAUAACCCCUCUGGACACAACCCAGUGGAUGAUGGUGCUGAAGAUCUCCCUGCCAGUCAUCCUGCUGGAUGAGCUGCUAAAGUUUAUGGCCAGGAACUACUUGGAUUUUGGUAAACAGCUUGAGAAACCAGCCGGCAAAGGCUGCUCUCUGUCUGCAUGUGCUGAUGGCAUCUCCUGGCCCUUCGUGGCCAUCUCCCUGCCUCUGGUGCUGUGGAUCUACAGCACUGACACUAAUGUGUCCGCCAUGUUGUGGCCCUGACUGACUCCAGUACACCCUCCCCCUGUGCACCAGUGUGAAGUGGACAUUAACACACACAUUUAACACAGUUACAGUAACUCAGAACAACUUACAGUCAACACUUGCGCCCCCUUCUGACAGCCUGUCUGCUGGCAGAUCUUUUGUAUUUAGGACAUUUUCACCAUUACAUAUUUUUGGGAUGGGGGAGGGGCCGUGGGUUUAGUCAUUGUUUAAUGACUUGACUGACAUUAUGUCCUUAUGUUUUAUUUCACCAUCACGCUUUUCUCUCUUUUGAUCCCCUGUUUUGAACAGUUAGAGAUGCCCACCGUGUUGGAGCUGUGUGUUGAGCUGUACAGAGAAUUUACACUAUUUUAUAAUAAUUAAUAUUUUGUAAUUUUUGGGAGGGGCUGUUGGGACAAGAUUGUUGGGUGUGAAGAGGAUGUAAACGUGAGGACCGUAUACUACAAUACUUAUUCUGGGGCAAAGACUUGAAUCUAUUUGCCCCAGCACCAAUCUCUAUAGUCAUUCUUUGAGCUCCAUGCAUCUUGGUCAUUCAUUAUUUUCUGCAUUAGGCAGAGCACAGCUACCUCAAUGCUGUUAAUAUCCACAUUACUACCCAUCUGUCUUAACUAUCAUUUUAUAGACUAUCAUUUGAAGUGUUGAGGUAAGCACCAGUUUGUUUUGCUGUAGAGACAAAUGCCCUCACACACAUUUUAAUGUUUAAUAUAUUUUUCUUUUCUCUGUUAUUGGAGGGAGUAGGAGGGGGAUGGAGUUAUGUCCCCAGUGUUGUUCAGAGCAUUUUUUGAUACAGCCUGUUGUUAAAUUUAUUUACUUGAAGCAAACACAUUUGUCUUGAUUUUCUUUUCUUUUUUUCAAGUUUCAUUUUUGAGAUUCAGUCUCAACCUUCAGUCUUAAUUUUGCAUCUUAAUCUUUAUAAUGUAUGUAAAAUGUGCACAUACUGUACCUGAAUAUGUAAAACGGCACCAAGAAGCUGUUAGUCUUAUCAGCUGAGCACAACAUGGACAGUUCACCGGGAACUGAGACCUCUGAAAGGCUGAAAUGACCCGUCAUUGGAAGAGUCUGUAUAUCUGUACAUAGCACACAAAGUAGAAUCUCUGUAUAGAUUUUUUUUUUUGUUGUUGUUGUUGUUGUUGACAAAUUGCUCCAUAGCUUCACACUAGUUUUCUUAAGCGUGGUCUUAGCCUCCCUGCAUGACUGCUCCAGUAAUCCCAGGCCUGUGAGUGCUGAGGUUUUUUUCUUUUAGUUUCAAAGCUAACAUUUGUUUCUUCCAAUGCCUUCCACCUGUUAACCUGCAGAGUGAGUACACUUUGACCUGCAUGCCAACUACUAGCAUUCUCAUCUGUAUGUGGUUGCACACACAGCUUUUACAGUCUGCAGCUGCUCGUAUGAAAAUGACAGCAGUAACGGACGAGCAGUUUGUAAACGUAUAAAUUAAAUGGUACAAAAGAGGAGAGAAUGUAGAUGUUUGAGUUUGUGUUGAAAUGUCUUCAAUGUCACCAAGUGCCAGGUACAUGCUGAGGAGAAAUAUGAGCCUUUUGCUUUUUAAACUGGCACAGUGUCACUGGUGCUGGUUGUUUCUGAUUGUAGACUGGCAGCAUGUUUGGGCACCUUACAUAGAGGGUGACCUUUAAGUGCCCACACUACAGGACUACAUUACAGGACAUGGUGUUAUUGUUUUAUUUAUUUCUUUUGUCCUGAUCUUCUGCUUGCCCACAGCAUGACCCUUUAUUGAAAACCAGUAUUGAUGAAUCCAAAAAUUAUUUGCCGCUCAGAUGCUUUUACUUUGGCCUGUGAUUCCUGUGUCCGUUGAUUUGAUUCUUCCUUUCUUCUUUUUCUUUGCAGCAAAGGCCAAGUAAGCCCCACCUCUACUCUAAAUUACUUCCAGAAACUUUGGUUUUGUUUUGUGUUGUGCAUGUGUGUUGUGGGCUGCACAUCUUACAGGAGCUGCAUGUCAGUUAAGUGAUAUGAAGACAGGGGCUCAUAAAGUUCAUACAUCCUUUUUAUAGAAUGGCCAUAAAUAAAUGUCUGAUGAAAACUAGCCAAUCCCACCUCAUCAGUCCUUCCAUUCUCCUGCAUGAAGAGCCUUAGAUUGACACAAUCCUCAUGCCAUCUUUUUAGACUAAGAUCUUAGUACUGUGUACAGUAAAUUGUACAUUACUCCAUGGUGCAUGUCUGCUCAAUCAGCCAUCUGUUUUACCAGACUUGUGUAUUAGACAAUGUAUAGUACUGGUAAAUAGAAUAGACGUUCGUCAGAUUAGUACAAAUGUUAAAUAAGCUCAAAAACACAGUUCAUCUUUCCUAAGGAAAUACUUUUAUGGGAUAUUUAAAAAACCAAACAGACUUGUUUUUUUGCUUUGCACUGAGAUGUGCAACAUGUUUGGAGCAGAUUUUGCCAUAUCUUGAAGGCAGACGUGCAGCGGUGCAGCGAUGCACACGUUUUACUAUGAGAACGGCAGGCAGUCCCUCGAUUGGCAUUUUUUGCCAAACUGCUGUACUGUAUUUUCAGAGAUGAUUGUACAAUGUAUCACAUGAACUUUGGUUUCAGGUAAAUAAAACUGUCAUACAUUAUUUA